AUAGACAUGGGUGACAAGGUCAAUCGAAGCCUCAAUCAAUCUGCAAGGUGGAAUGUGUCCCCCCAUGUCACGAUUAUCAGGCAGUUUUCUCCGCACAGCUCCCCCCACCCCUCAUCCCACUCCUCUCUCAAUGCAUCCCCCACUCCUCGCACGGCUCCCGCCACUUAAAUACUGGUCGGGGCCGCACUGAUAACCCACAGGCCAUUUUGACUGUCGCAUACACGCUUUCCUAUUCAAUUCAUCAUGGCUCCCCAAGCAAUGAAGGCAUUGAACUAUGUCGGACCCUUUACGGUCCAGGUGCAGGAGGUGGAGAUGCCCCGGCUGGAGCAUCCCGAUGACAUCAUCGUCAAGGUCACCAGUGCCGCCAUCUGUGGUUCGGACCUGCACAUGUAUGAGGGGAGAACAGCUGCAGAGCCUGGCAUCACCUUUGGGCACGAGAAUCUGGGAAUCGUCGAGGAACUGGGAGAGGGUGUCACACUACUGAAAAGGGGCGACCGGGUGGUCAUGCCAUUCAAUGUGGCCGAUGGACGUUGCCGGAAUUGUGAGGAGGGAAAGACGGCAUUCUGCACCGGGGUGAACCCGGGGUUUGCUGGUGGUGCAUAUGGUUAUGUGGCCAUGGGACCUUACCGCGGAGGCCAAGCACAAUAUCUACGCGUGCCCUACGCAGACUUUAACGCCCUGAAGCUCCCACCGGGGACCGAACAUGAAGCCGACUUUAUUCUACUAGCAGAUAUUUUCCCAACAGGAUGGCACGGCAUCGAGAUAUCAGGCUUCCAACCCGGAGACAGCGUGGCCGUGUUUGGUGCCGGCCCCGUUGGUCUGAUGGCUGCCUAUUCCGCCCAGCUGCGCGGCGCGUCUCGCGUCUUUGUGGUGGAUCGGGUGCCUGACCGUCUGAGAGCGGCGGAGAGAAUUGGCGCGACCGCUAUUGACUUCACCAAGGGAGAUGCCGUCGACCAGAUCAUCCAGCUGAACGGAGGAGACAUGGUAGAUCGCUCGGUGGACGCAGUGGGAUACCAAGCGGUCGGUAAGGAUAACUCGACCGAACAGCCCAACAUUGUGUUGGAGAAUAUGAUUCGCGUGACACGGGCCUGUGGCGGACUGGGCAUCCCCGGUCUGUAUGUGCCUAGUGACCCGGGGGCAGGGGAUGCUGCGGCGGCCAACGGCAUGAUCAGUCUCAGCUUUGGGAAGCUGUUUGAAAAGGGCCUCUCACUCGGUACCGGCCAGUGCAAUGUCAAGGCCUACAACCGACAGCUGCGAGACCUGAUCAUUGCCGGCAAGGCCAAGCCCAGCUUUGUGGUGUCGCAUGAGAUCGACAUUGACGAAGCUGAGACGGCGUAUGAGAAAUUUGACAAGCGGGUGGAGGGCUACACCAAGGUCAUCAUCCACCCCAAUGGCGGGUUCCCCAGUAAGAAGCCACCGACGGUACCGUCCACCCUGUGAGGAAUGUCUAGAAUCAUGUGUUAUAUUAGCGUUGUAGCAGCAAUUGAUUGAACCCUGCAUGCUUCCUACAACAUAACAUCCCCAUUGCAUUAUUUUUCCCCUUUGGGGACAACCCCCC